AUGAAAGAACCCAGACAACUAGAGCCGACCCUCCCGCAAUACCGGGAGAAUCCAAAGCCCCCGACCCCGGAGAAGACAUCCAUCGACGUCGACCCCGCGUCCAUUCCUCUCGUGGAUAUGAGUCCUACCUACAGCUCGGUCCUGAAGACAUCGAACGCCGUCGACAGAGAGCCACCUAGCCCUUCUCUCAGCUCUAACUGUGACGUGAUGGGAUUCGCAAAGGUUGAACUGCCGCCUCCGGCUCAGUCACACGAGAAUGGCAGCCAUGUCAAGGGCCAGGGACCAAGACAAGCUCUGCCCAAAGGCCUCGUCGCUACCCGCUUUGCCAAUAAUCCUCCCCCUCACCAACCCAAAUCUCCCGCAAUGUCCGUCUCCUCAAUCUCCUUCAUCGACGGCGACGAUUUGAUCGAUUUCGGGACUGACGUCUCACCAUCCACAAGGGAUACCUCUCAGGAUUCCAGCCCGAAAAGUCGUCACGUCGAAAGAAACACUGGUUUCUCCAGCGGCAGUGGCCCGCACGCCUACAAAGACGUCGCUGAGCUUCAGAGAAAACUAAAGGCGUCCAUCGCUCGGGCCGAGAUCGCGGAAGAAAAGGCCGACAGGAUGGAGAAGAGAAUCGAGGAGAUCAAGAACGCCAAGUCUCCUGCCCUUACCGAAGCAGAGCGGGACAUGGAUGCUCUUACCUCAAGCUGCAAUGAAUUAAAGACAGAGAACUCGGCGCUGAAAGAGCAGCUGAGGGACGCGCAAUCGCACAUUUUCAGUCUUCAGCCAUACCGCAAGGAGCUCACUCCGGAGGAAGUCGGUCGUCAAUAUGACGACCUCGUCGAGGGAAUCACCGAUUGGGUUGCCAAGUUCAUGGCUCCUCUGCUGGAAAACCAUGCAAAAGGCGUCGACGAAGUCCUCACCAAUGCGCGCAAGAAGCCGACCGACACGCUCAAGCUGAAGCAAGCGAUCCACAUGUACGCCGACCUAGUUCACGGUACGGGGUUUCCUGAGACGGAUGAGGACAUCAUCAUCGCCGUCAUCAUGAGAUUCCUCAACGACCACAUAUUCCAGAAGGUUCUUUACGGCUGCUGCGGGGGUUAUGUUGAAGCACUCAGCUUCACUGAGAUGGCCAUGCGGAACCAUGUUGAGCCCAAGCGAGACCUCUUUGCCAUUCGCACAUGGACUGCCGAGGCCUACAACGCCAUAAUCAGCUCUCGGGAGUUCCGAGGCGUCAGAGAGAAGAGGAUGAAAGAGCUCACCAUCGAACUGGCCAGCAAUUUCAAGAUCCUCUGCAGAAAGGAAAUGUCUACACGGUUCUUCCACGGCUUCGAGGAGAAUUGCAUCAAGCCGGCAAUGCAACUCUAUGAGAAGAUCCAAGUGUCGACGCAUCACUUUUAUUUCGACAUCAACCCCUACAUUAUGUGGGGACAAGAGGGCGAGUUCCAAACGUCGACGGACUUCUUCGACAGCUUGCUGGACUUAGACUGCAAAAACAUUCUCCAGAACCGUAAGGCCUUCAACUUGGCAAAGAUGGACCCGCCGCCUUCCAACAAGGAACUUUACCACCGACUGCUCAACGUUUGCACAGUCGCGCCAGCCGUCUACAUGCGGCAGAUCGGUCGGAAAGACGCACUCCGGGAGCCACAAGUGGUGCGCCGCCAGCAGAUGUUGGUAGCAUGGGGACCGCAGGAGAAGAAGGAAGAGUUCGUAAAAGAGGGCGAGCAGACACUUCUCGCUCAUCUUUACAGUGCAAAGAACGAACGCGAGAGGGCAGAGGCUGGUGGAUGGACGCCAUUCCGCUGGGGAGGCUAG